CAAGGGUAGUUCUACUGUGUUGUCAGAAAAAAAGAAAACAAAAAAGGGAAAAGCGCAGUUCUACUGGGCUUGAAAGACUCACAACACGUUAUGACCCACUGGAUAGAAGCCCACUAUCAGUCAACAAGGGAACAUUCUCACACCUUCCUCCGCACAAGCCACCGACACCAGGGCCCCACCCCCUCAGCGCCCGCGCCAACAGCGUCAACUUCAACACCAGCUCCACCUGCUGCACCUCCGCUCCCGACUCCCUCCGCCCACACGGAUCCCGAAAACCCUAACCCUAGACAUCGCCCCGCCGCCGCCAUGGACCCCGCCGGCGACCCGGCGUUCCACCGCAACGAGGCUAUCUCCGCGGUCCAGGACGUAGACCAGUACUACGGAGACGACGACGACUUCGACGACCUAUACAACGACGUCAACGUCGGGGACGGCUUCCUCCACGCCUCCCACCAGGCGCCACCACCGCGGCCUCCGACUCAGCAGGCCCCACCGCCGCAGCAGCUCCAUCCUCCGCCACAGCAGCAGCCCCCUCCGCCACCACAGCAGCAGCCGCCGGCCCACACCCUCCCACCGCCGCCGCCGCAUGUCCCGCCGCCGCCGCAGCAGGUACGCAUCCCGGGGGUGGCCGUCCCUGCUCCUGGCAUACCUCCAGGUCAGACCAACCUCCAUCCGCCGCCUCAGCCGCUAGCCGCGCCCGCGCCGCCGCCAGCUCAGCACCACCAGAUUCAGCAAGGCGACGGGUUCCACCGAUCUGGAGGGAACUUCGCCGGCGGCCCCAUCGUGGUCGGGAAUGGUGGCGCUGCUGGCGGGGGUGACGGCCCUGGCGGCACGACGCUGUUCGUGGGGGAACUCCACUGGUGGACGACGGACGCGGAUCUGGAAUCUGAGCUUAUCAAGUAUGGUUCGGUCAAGGAGGUGAGGUUCUUUGACGAGAAGGCCAGCGGCAAGUCCAAGGGCUACUGCCAGGUCGAUUUCUAUGACCCUGGCGCAGCUGCUGCCUGCAAGGAGGCCAUGAACGGGCACACAUUUAAUGGACGUCCAUGUGUUGUGGCAUUCGCCACACCCAACAGCGUUCGCCGCAUGGGCGAGGCGCAGGUGAAGAACCAGCAGGCUAUGGCUGCACAGACAUCGAAUAUGCAGCCCAAGGGUGGCAGAGGGGGCGGUGGUGCCGCAGGGCCACAGGUGGGCGGUAAUUAUGGUGGUGGGCGUGGAGGAGCUGUUGGAUCUGGUGCCGGUGGUGGAGCAGGCGGAGGUGGUGGAAAUUGGGGAAGAGGUGGCGGAGGCAUGGGGAACAGAGGCCCUGUUGGUAACAUGAGGAACAGGAUGGGCCCAGCUGGCGGCGGCCGCGGGAUAAUGGGGAAUGGGGGGAUGGUUGCACCGCCGCCACCAAUGAUGCCACCGGGUGGAAUGCUGGGGCAGGGCUUUGAUCCUGCUGGUUAUGGCGCUAUGGGAAGGAUGGGUGGUGGGUUUGGCGGUUUUCCUGGUGGACCAGGGGCUAUGCCAUUCCCUGGGCUGAUGCAGCCAUUUCCGCCGGUUGUCGCUCCACAUGUUAACCCAGCUUUCUUUGGUCGGGCUGGGAUGGGUGCCGGUGGAAUGUGGCCUGAUCCCAACAUGGGAGCCUGGGGUGGGGAGGAACAGUCCAGUUACGGGGAUGAUGCAGCUUCUGAUCAGCAGUAUGGAGAAGGGGGGAGCCAUGGGAAAGAGAGGCCACCAGAGAGGGAGUGGUCUGGUGUGCCAGAGAGGAGGCGUGAAAGGGAGAAGGAUGCGCCCCCUGCACAGGAGUGGCCAGAGAGGAGGCACCGAGAUGAGCGUGACAUGGACCGUGAGAGGAAUCGUGACUAUGACAGAGACAGGGAAAGAGACCGUGACCGGGAAAGAGACCGAGAUCGAGAUAGGGAGAGGGAGAGGGAGAGGGACAGAGAUAGGGAGAGGGAGAGACACAAGGAUGACAGAGAUCGCUAUGGCGAUAAUCACAGGCACAGGGAUCGUGAUUCAGAACGUAAUGAGGACUGGGACAGAGGGAGGUCAUCUGGGAUACGCAGCAGGUCAAGGGAGGCUGACCACUCUAAGCGCAGGCGGAUGACACCUCAGUAGUCAUAGCUAGUGAGAUACUAAUGUAGAGGCAAAAUGGCACAUGUUUAUCCAGACCUGAGUCUUACUUGCACACUGGCAUGGUUGAAAGCUAGCAUCUUCUUACUGCUUCUGGCUGUGGUGGUUCUAAUAUUUUGUGUCUCUGGCGAUGUGUUGUAGCAAGAAUGUGAGAUGAAUGUUUGGUUGGAACCUGUUCAGCUGUGCGGAGAUGGACUUCCCUGGAUGAUAGCUGCUGCCUCUUAUUGUGCGCCGUGUUAAAUGUCUGCGUUUCCCAAAGAUACAAAUGAUCUAUUUAGUGUGUAAUUCAGGACCGAUGCUUUUGCAUCCUUGUUGUUGUUGUUAAAGACACCAGUAUUUCUGCCCUAGCCUUGUAGGGCGAUGAUAAACUGGUCUGUAUUAUGACUGUCCUAUGUUCAUCCUUCCUCUGUUGUAACGGAGAAAUGUGUUUUGACAUUCUUGAGGUUUAUCCUUCCUGAGAUAGCUGACAGGCAGACAUAGCUGCUUCCUUGCUAAAUGUUUUGUGGUUGAGAAGAGUCCAGGGGACCAGCUGUAACGCUCCACCUGUGUUAAGAACAGUGUAGCAUAUAUAUUAAAUUUUGUUGCCUUA